AUGAUUUGGCCACGAGACGACGCUUCGGUGCGCGAGGCAUUCAAGAAGGACAUUGACAACGUGCAUCUGUUGUACGACUACGAUGCCGAGAACCCCGAGACGGGCGCACCGGAAAAGUGGCGCUACGAAAUGUGGUUCCGCUCGGAAAACCGGAUCGUCUACGCCAUCCAUGGAGGACCGAUGGCGGGUCGACUGAACUACCAAACUGCCGACUACCAGUGCAUCCGACCGGGCGAGCUGUGGCAAUGUAACUGGCUCGAAGAGACGGGAACGACCUGCUCGUUGGUGUACGACAUCAAGAAGCAAAAGAUCACCACCAUGCUCAACUUUUCCAAGGGCCACUGGGAGAAGCCGCAGGAGGCGCAUGGCGAUAAGCGCAACCCAGCCGACUUUGAACGAUGGCGCAACCUCGCCAAGAUCGGAAUCCAGACCGACCGACACAUCCUCAACGACCAGGCCACCAUCCUCGAAUCCUUCCGCGGCGCUGGCGACCUCAAGGACAUCGACCUCAACGCACCCACCCUCUAG